AUGGCUUUAAAUUGCUCUAUUUACCAAUCUGAGUGCUUAUUUAAGCGUCGCCCUAAUGCGAAAGAUGGAGAGAUUUUCGGCACGAAGUGCGACGUAUGCCAAGUUACAGUAUGUAAAGAAUGCGCAAACUUUACAGCUAGUGAAAUUGAUGCAUUAUAUGUCCAAAACAGGACCAUAUUGUUCUUUUGUGAAGGAUGCAAAGCGUCAUUGUCAGACAUGGAGCAACUAUCUAAAAAAUUUGAUCAACUUAAGAAAGACCACCUUGAAUCUGAUCUUGAAGAUCUGAAAAGCAGUUUUCAAGAAGAAAAUAGGCGUCUUGAAAAUAUUAGUAAAGCAAAAGAUGAUCAGAUUAAGCGUUUACAAAAAAGUUCUCAGUGCAUGGACCUUGAAGUUAUAGAAGCUGAACAGAACUUUGAAUCUACCAUUAAGGCACAGCAAAUGGAAUUGAAACAAAGGAAUAACAAACUACUUGAACUUACAAGAAAAAAUACUGAACUGUCCAAAGAACUAAAACUAAUCAGCAAAAAAUUUGCAGAUUUACAAAGUGAAAUAAUGGAGCUUAAUAAUCUAAACAAUACUCUCUUAAAAAAUAUAUCUUCUUUAUCACAAGAAAAUGACAAAUAUGUUCAAGUCUCAAUGAAUUUAAGGAAAAAGGAAAAUGCUAACAAACAUGAGGAUGAACUGUCAACACUUCAGGAAACGAUAGAAUCGCUUGAAAAGAAAAUUCGAGAGAAGGAUAAGUACUUAGAAAGGCUCAAGAGAAACAGUCAAGUUUUCGAAGAAGAAGUCUCCAAUGCGGAGAAAACACUGGUUUUACAACUAAAAAAAUUAAACAAACGCAACACGGCAUUAGAAGAGGAAAUUAAGGAAAUAAAAAGCAGCAAAGAAAAAAUAAAUGCUGAACUAGAAUCUGCAAGGGACGCAAAGCAGGUUUUAGAAGUAAAAAUAAAGGAAUUAACUGCCCUUAACAGAGACAUGGUUGUCACAAUAGAAACGCUGGAAAAGGAUAAUCAAGCCUAUUUAAAAGAGACUAAAGAAAUACAGCUUAAACUUCUUAGUAUUCAAACUGUUAACAACGUUGAACAACAGUCUUAUGAAACAGAUAUGGAUAAAGUUCGUAAGAUGUCAGAAAGCAUGUUAACAUCUAUAAAGGUUUUAGAAAGUGAAAAUCAGCAAUAUUCUUGUGAAAUUAAUAGAUUAGAGGACAUAAUUCGCAAACUAAAAUCUGUAAAUGCGAUUUUACCAUUAGAAACAAAUCGACACUCUAAUGGUGAUGCAGGACAGGCUAAUGCAAAACCAGAAAAUAAUUCUCACAUACCUUACUCCGAACAAGUGCUCAGAAAGGAGGACAAAAGGAAUAAAAUAUUAAUUCUUUGUGACGAAGCUGGUAGAGGUUUAAAUGGAUUGCUGGAAAAGAAGCUUAAACAAGACUAUUGUGUGCAGUGUAUAAUCAAACCUGGUGCCCCUUAUGUGGAUGUUAUACAUAACAUGGAACAACUUGUUAAGGACUUUACUAAGUCUGACUGUGUAAUUGUUUUGGCUGGAUCCAAUGAGUUUCAACAAGGAUACCCUGCUACUGACAAGUUCGUUAUUGCCAAAAGAAUUAAUAGUUUUUUUCAAAAAUUUUAUUCUUUUGCAAAGAAGGUAAAUCAGGUAUCAGAAGGUAGAUUUUUACUCCUCAACUGUCUGAUUAAAGCAAAAAAAGGAAAGAAAUUCGAAAAUAUAGCAGAACUGAUAAAGUUAAAUUUGAAGGAAAAAAAUGAAAAAAAUUUGAUCUUUGUACCCACAAUAAGUAGAGAAGAAUUCUUUAAUGUUGUUAAUAAAACACAACCGUCUACCAGGUCCACACCUAAGACUUCCAAUUUAAAUUUUUUAGAGCCAAUCAGAGCAAUAACGAAUUCACCGUAG